GUUCAAAAUUGGCAGCGAGUGCAUCAACAACUCGUAGGGUUUCAAAGUAGUUAUUUGUCAUGAAUUCUGCAUUAUUCGUGGUUGUCGCUGCGCUUGCGCUGCAUUCGGCGUUUGGUUGCAAGCUCAUAAUAGACUCUAUAUACGGGUUUACGGAUGCUAUAAGCGCAAAUAAAGACACCAGCACUGGAGAAUGGACGACGACUCUGACCAAGGAUCUCAUAAAUCCAAAAUUCGAAGUGUAUACACGCGGGGAAGAUAUAGCAAAAGGACAGCUGUGUGAUUUUGAAAAAGAAGGUAUAGAAGGAAUGCUGGCUCUGAUCAUAACGAUGGCUUUUGAGGAACGUAUUUGUGAACUGAUGAAGGGAGACUGGAAGGCCAAUUCUCAGCGGGAAAUUUCUGACGACAUCUGCGAAACGCUUCUGAAAAAUACAAGUGAAGAACAAAUAUCCCUGGGAGUUGAUAUCAAUGAAGGUGACGAAAACAUCGCUGCUAUCAAUUUGAUGGUGCGCUCCGCUAAGUGGAACCCGCGCAGUCGCGGAUAAAUGUCAAUUAAAAUUUCAAAUAUUUAAUGUUACAUACAUUUAACUGGAAAACCCUUAUCAAAGUGACUAAACAAUUCUUGUGUGCUAUUCCGCGAACUGGAAUUCCUCACUAUUUCACCAAAACAUUAUGACCUAAAAAACUUCGCGCCGUAAAUUCUCAGUUGAAAAAUUUUUCUGGACAUUCUCAGGUACAUUGACAGAUACACGGAGAGAAAAAUCUCUCGAAAAUUAGUGUACCUUCUCACCAACGCAUGGAACGUAUCGAAGGGGGCACAAGAAAGUAGUGGGAGACACUGAAAAAGUGGUAUCCCAUACUGAAAAAUUCAUAUGUGGCACCCUAAUUUUUGUGAGUCGUGCACUAAUUUUUCAUGAGUUUUCCGUAGUUUCUCAUGUGACUCUUCCGAAAAACUGGGUGAACAGCAUAUUCUAUUUUCUCAUUGAUGAAAUACACCAAUUUUUAAG